CCGCGAGCAGCCCCGCGCCCGCCACUGGCGUCGGCAGCGUCCGCUCCGCUCGGUCCUCCCGGUGCUUCCCGCUCAUUCCCGCUCAUUCCCGCUCCUCCGCCGCCCGGCCCGCUCUGCCCACCGCCAUGGUGCGCGGUAUCGGCACGUCGCAUCCUCCCCUGCAUCCCGCAGCCCGGGGGCGGCGGGUACCGUGAGAGCCACCACGCAUUCCUGGCGCUGCGGCGAGGACCGGGCGCACGCAGCUGGCGCUGACCUGUUGCAAGAGCCGGGCUUGUCUUGGAGAUCUUUCGUCUAGGUCUUUUUUUCUAUUUUUUUUUUUUUUUUUUCCCUUCUCGACGGGGGAAGUUUGCUCCCCAGCCUGUGGCUCGGUUUCCUCCACACCCUUUCCUCCUCCUUUUCCUCCUUUUUUCCAGGAUCCGCUGCCUGGGGCCGAAAGAGGUCUCCCUCGUUACCCCCGGCCCAGCGCUGGAGCUGGGGGCACCCGCGUGCUGCGGGCUCGCCCUUUCACCCGGCGGCGGCCGUGGGGCGGCCCCGGGAGUGCGGGGAGGCUCCGCGAGUGCCCCGGGCUGCCGGGCCGCCACCAUGUCCAAAGUGGCGGCGGAAAGUUGCGGAGCAGCGCCGGCCGAAGACUUGUCCAAGGUGUCGGACGAGGAGCUGCUUAAGUGGAGCAAGGAGGAGCUGAUCCGCAGCCUCCGCCGCGCCGAGGCCGAGAAGAUGAGCGCGAUGCUGGACCACAGCAACCUCAUCCGCGAGGUGAACCGCCGCCUCCAGCUCCACCUCGGCGAGAUCCGCGGCUUGAAGGACAUCAACCAGAAGCUGCAGGAAGAUAACCAGGAGCUGAGGGACCUUUGCUGCUUCCUGGAUGACGACCGGCAGAAGGGCAAGAGGGUGUCCCGCGAGUGGCAGAGGCUGGGCAGGUACAGCGCCAGUGUCAUGCACAAGGAGGUGGCCUUAUACAUGCAGAAGCUGAAAGAGCUGGAAGUGAGGCAAGAAGAAGUGGUUAAGGAGAACCUGGAGCUGAAGGAGUUGUGUGUGUUGCUGGAUGAGGAGAAGAGUGGAGGAGCAGGCAGCCGGAGCUCUAUCGACAGCCAGAUCAGCCUGUGCCAGCUGACUGCCACCAGUGCGUACAUCAGAGAUGUUGGGGAUGGCAGCAGCACCUCCAGCACGGGCAGCACAGACAGCCCAGACCAUCACAAACACCACCCAAGCACCAGUCCAGAACACCUGCAAAAACCUCGGGGGGAAGGAAGCCCUGAGCAUCAGAAACACCGGAGCAUCAGCCCAGAGCACCUGCAGAAGCCCAGGAGUUCUGGCAGUCCUGACCAUCACCUGAAAGGGCCGAGCCCUGAGCAUCACAAAACCAUUGUCAAAGUACCUGAACAACAAAAGCACAGCAGCAGCAGUCCAGAAACUAUCCCAAAGCAUGUUUUGAGUAGUAGUCCUGAACACUUUCAAAAGCAGAGGCCUGGUGGUAGCCCUGAGCAUCAAAAGCACAGCGGUGGCAGCCCAGAUCACCUUCAAAAGCACACGCCCAGUGGAAGUACAGAGCACCUCCACAAGGUGAGGGGUUCGAGCCCAGAGCAUCUCAAACAACAUUAUGGAGGGAGCCCAGAUCACCUCAAACACCUCAGCGGAGGCAGCAGAGAAGGAACCCUCAGGAGACAAGUGACAGAUGAGCUGUCCCCUCACCACAGGAGUUUGUACAACGGAAUGAAUGGUUUUUGCAGUGUCACUAAGUCCAAAAAGAAAACAUGACAAGAAAGCAUUCCAGCAAUGAUUUUUUCCUAACCAGCUCUCCAACCACCAAGACCAAAGGCUUGUCAGUGGUAACUGAGCAGCAGAAGAUACCAAAUCUAUGUCUCCUCCAGGUACAGGUCCUAAAAACUCUUUGAUUCAUUCCUGUUGUUGGAACUUGAUGCCUGGCCUGUAUUCCACUCCAUACUGCUGAAGGCUACAUUAUGACUACUUACACCAAAGCAUGUGCACGUAUUUUGGAGAAAAGAUCCUGAGUUUUUAUUAAAACAAAUCCUAAUUUCAGUGUGAAGAUAUUGGGAUUUUAUGUGUUUUAGCUUCUCUGUAAGCAUAAUCAAAUGCUAAGAUUUUUUUUCACUUUUGAGUGGACUGGAAUGUUAUCUUCAGCCUGAAUUGCAGGAUUAGCAAGAGCAUGGAAGUGACUGAUCAAACUGUCUUGGAAGCAUGGAUCCCAGAGUUUUGUCAUGUCACUCCGUCAUCCUGGAUUUGUCAAGAAUGAGUUGAACAGUGUUGAUGCCUUGUAUUGAUUGCAAUAUUGCAAGUACAGCCAUUUGUAUCCAUGGAAUCCUGAAAAGCUGGCUGGGGAGCUCCAAAAGGAGAUGUAGCACAAAAGGACUUGCAUGACCCACUUUCUACAGCAAUGCAAAUUCAAGUGUAUUUACUUAUCAGCUGCCACCUGAAGUGUGUCCUUCAGCCACUGGAGUCAGUUUCCUGGGCAACAUAUUCUAUUCCACCUUUUCUAUUUUGUGGUGUUUUUAUUAAUUUUUUAAACUAAAAAACCUGACAGUUGAUUCCAGUGUCACUUUGGAAAGUGGAUAUUUAAAGGAUUGAUGAAGAAUAUUUGAAUGAUAAACAAUUUCUAUUGGUGUUGAGAGCAAAAUACUGCUGAAUUUACCACUGAAAAGAUCUAUAGUUUGAAUGUAGCAGACCUUGGCUGUGUCUGCUUUGCACUUAGUAGAGCUGCACUUAGCACAUGUAUUUUUAAGUCAGUUGGUGUUAGAUAUUAAUCCUGCAUGUCACUUAAAGCUAAUAUAAGAUUUUUGGAUAUUCCUUGUCUUUGUUGCAGGAGAAACAGGAUCUUGACUGCAAAGAUACAGUCAGGUGAUGCUUGUUUUCAAAUUUAAUACUUAAGUGCUUUUAAUACCUCCCAGUUUUGUUAGAUUUUGAUUUAUUUGUUCCUGCAGUGCUGCUCAGAAACACAUAAUGGUGCACAGGAAGCAAAGAGGCUCUGUAAAAUCUUGGUCAAGAAUCUGCAGUGAAAGAUAAAAGUUACUAGUAUGUUUUUAUGCCCUGGAGUGAAAAAAAUCCAGAUAGUGUUUGCAUUUUGUUUAUUAAGAAAUGCUGUUUCCCAGGGAAGCAGGAGUAUUUUUAUGCCACGCACUGAGGCUCACUGGUCUGUGUCUUUGCUCAUCAGGUGUCAGGAGAGUUGGCUGCUGCCUGAGCCAGCUGCUUGAUUUGCAUCUCAGCUCAUGCAACUACUGAUACAGGGCCCAAGUGCCAAAUUUGUGUCCCAUCAUGUCUGUGCAAACACAGUAGGAAGGGUUCUUUGGGAGACUUUCUUCACUGCUCCAGAAGUCUCAUCAGCAGAGCACACUCUCAGUUCAGCCACACCCAGAGACAUCUGUUGCAAACAUAGAGAUAAAUUUCAGCAAGCACAUAUUUCUCUAUUUUAAUGGUGUAAAUCGGAAGUGGCUCUUUGCUCUACAGAUUGCAGGCACAGUUCUGUUUCUGAGCACCAUCCCUUCAGCAAUCUAAAUUCAGGAUUCAACUUCUAACUGAGGGUUUGAGCCAGCUCAGACCUGGAGAACCAGGGGUGGAUGAGAUUGUAGACCUUGGUUUGUCACCUGUGGAUCUGUCCAUGUCCGGUUCCAUUUGUGUUUAUUCCCCAUGCCAUGGAAGGUGUGCCCUGAUAGUGAACCAAUCAGCUGGGCUAGAGGCUGACUGUGGGGAGUUGUGGGAUUUUGGGGAGAGCUCAUCAGACAUCGGGAUAAUCAGACUUUGCAUCCUGUUUUGCGAACAUGUGUUUUAAAGUAUGUGAUGUGCAGAAAACUUCUCUCUCUGAAUGCAAAGCCAAAUGCUGGAAAGCCUAAACCCAAGUGUAUGUCAGAUCUGAAAGUUAGCAAAAGAAAUAUUCAGUGACAUCUAUUUUCAGAGAUUCACAGCUUAUUCUGAGUUGGAAGGGACCCACAAAGAUCAUCAAGUCCAACUCUUUAGUAAGUGGCCUGUGUGGAGACUGGACCCACCACCUUGGUGAUAUGUGCUGAAAUCAUCAUCAGAGGGAAAGACUGAAAAUCUGUAAUAUAUUGGUCAUCAGAUUAACAAAAUUUAUGCCUCUUCUGAAAAUGGCCUUUGCAGUCUGUUCGUCCUUUUCAGGCCCAAAAACUUCUGCUCUGGUUUGUGCUGCAGAAGCUUUCUGAGUUCCAUGGAGUCCUGUGAGCUUCAAAAGGUCCAGUGCAAGUCUGUGACUCCAGAGGUCAGACUGGGGUACCCAGGGCAGAGGAGGAUAUUGCUGUUUUCCUUUGCUCCCUUGCUUGCUGUGGAAAUCCACGAGCAAGUCCUGUCCUUGCUCCAACUUGUAAUGCUGCUGUUUGAGCCUGCAGAGGGUCUGGGACCAGUCUUGUGUGACUGAGGAGAGAAAGCAGCUCUACCCAGAGGGCUUGGCAGGAUUAACUCAUGGCGUUCUGGCCCCGGAGAGUUCCUGUGUGUGGGCUGGGACAGCAUUGAUGUGUGGAACAUCAGUAGUUUACGUGUGUGAAUGCUCCCCUGGUGGCAGCCCAGUCCGAAAAAAUGUCUUUAUGAAGGUGAGACCUUGAUGUGUAUCAAGAGCUGUGGGUGUGCCCUGAGGAAAUGCUUACACUUGUCAAUAGUGCCUGGUUCCUGCUUGCAGCUUUUAUCAAUACUUCCAGAAACAAUUCACCAACCACACAAAUAUUGUCAUCAUCACCUGUGUAGUAAGAACCAUGAACUAAACAAAAGACAAGACAGGAUUAAUCAGCCACUAACUAGUGCAGAUUUCCUGAGGUUUUGCUGCUGAUAAUUCAAUUGCAUCAUGUCAAUUUUCUAACAGCUUUAUUCUUAGAUUGGUCUGUUCUCAGCAUGGUAUAAAAACUGGGGCUGAAGUUACACACAUGCCUAGAAAACAGCUUUAUGAACAAUCAGCUUGAGACAAACAUUUUCAAUGUGUUUCCUUUCAAAAUCAACUUUUAAGGCAAUGUUUCCUUCCUUCCUGAAUCUCCUGAAUUGGGCUAGUGGGAAACAAAGCUAUUUUUAAUUCUCUUUUGUGUGUGCAGCAUUCCUGUUAGAAGCCAUUAAUCUACCUUUUGCAUUUACAGGGCUGCUUAAAGGUGUCCUGGCACACAAAGUGAUUUACAAUGAGUCCACACCUGAAGGGCUGUGAUAGCUUUACUAGAGGAAGCUCUGUUUUCUGUCCUGUUUCUUGUGGCGUGUUUUUACUGUUACAGAGUAGUUGUGUAGCUGUAGUUGUCUUGAUUUGGGAAAUGAAGAUGCCAGUACCAGCCAGAGGCAUGGACAGCUCUCUGCUGUGGAUUUCAGGCUGUUAACUGGUACAAUCCAGAGGAGCAUUAAUAAUAAAAUAAAGCAUCAGAAUAAAAUUUGAAAAUGAACAUUCUUGAGAUCAAAAAAAAGAGAGAACACAGUAUUUUGGCAAGAUGGUCAUCUGUCCCUCAGCAUCCAUCAACCGUGUGGCAUAUUGUGACUGUGCCAGGGUUGGGGGAAGUGGUGCUUAGCAGAUACAAAUCGCCACGGUGAGGCUCGGGCUGAACAUCUGUGGCUUGGCAGAUGUGGAAGGGAGGAACUCGGGCUUUGGAGCUGUUCUGGCUGGGUGCCAGCAGACUCUGUUCUAGCAGGUAGGUGGCUGCUGCUCUCUGUCAAACACUGCAGGCUGAAAUGUUUGCUUAAAGUCCUGUGAAGCUGGGUCUGUGUUCAAGAAAACAAGGGGAGAGGUUCUCCCUGCCUGCCAAAAGCUGGAGCUGUCCCGUGCGAGGUCGCUGCAGCAGGGGCAGUUUGAGAAGGGGUUGGCCCUGCUCGGGGUUCGGUGCGGGCUCCAGAGCUCCCCGGUGCUGUGGCUCUGUGGGGAGCCGGGGUCUGACAUCCUGGGAUGACAGCCCAGACAUUCCCGGCCAGGGAGAUGUGCUGACAGGACCAGCAGCAGCGAUCCUGCUCGGGAGCACAAAGUUCCUGCAAUUCCAGCAGCUUCCUGCCGUGCCAGGGAGCCAGUCCUUCAUGGCCCUUCCCAGCCAAAAUGUGCUCUGAGUGCAGUCUAAUGUUUCACACCUGGGCCGAGAUUAAAGAGACAGUAGUACUGCUACUAUUUUCAUCUUAAUUGCAAACCAGAGCAAACACCAGGUUGUGUGUCCUGAGCAUGAUUUAGCAACCUGUUAGUCUUUUAAUUGCUCUGAUUAUUUGGUACUUGAAAUAAGUGGAUAUUUUUAAAAUCUCUUGGCAGUAACUUUUAGAAAAAAGUCAUUGCUUCUCAUUUUGCAGGCAUUUUGUCUUUCAUGCUGAAGUACAGGAACAUAUGGUGCUACUUCUGAGGUAGCACUUGUUUAAAUAUCUUUCCUUGUAAACUUUUCUGCAGAGCCAUAUAAUUUUCUCCUGUAAAAAACAUUCAUACUGUUUUAUAGCUACUUAAUAGGAUUAUCAUGUUUUUAUAAUUGCAAACUUUUAAUGGAGGUGGGUCAAGAAAUUAAACUCUGAACCCUGAAUAAGACAAAUGAGCAGUAAGCAGUUUGAAAUUCAAAGAGAGUAGUAAGAAAUAGUGAAAAUAGUAUAAAGCAAAUAAAAUAGUUUAUCAAAACAUAUCCCAGGUAUUUUGAAAGGGUCAAACCAGUAAUUUUAUUUUUAAGCUGAGCUCUUGGGCUACCAUUGGCAGUCAGUAGACACUCUAAUACAGUGUCCAGAAUCCUCACAUGGAAGCCAGGUACAUCUGUUUGUGUUCAGUCUAGUGAACAGGUCUCCCAAGUCAUGGUGUUCCUUCCAUGGGAAGUUUGAGUCAGGAGCAUGCAUUAAAAGAUGUAAACCAGCAGCACAUUCAUCUAUAUACAAUGAAGAGAAACUGGAAGUGUUCCUGAGUGUGGUACAGCCAGGAGAGUCAGAGGAGUGGAAUAACUGGAAUAUUCUGUAUAUUUUUUGUCUACAUUGCUAGACUCUUACCCAGCAUGAGAGAUGAUUAGUGAGAGGCUAAUUGGCCUGUUAAGUAAACAUAUUUAGAAGUGUAUAAAGGAUAUGUAUCUCAGGAAUUAUGCAGAUCUAAAACCCUUCUCACACAGCAGUGGGAAAUGCAUUCCAGGGGCAGUGUGCCAGGCUCCCUCUCUGUUGCCUUGGACAUGCUGAGCCAAGGUUGGAGUUCUUCACAAGCCUUAGAAAAUGCUGCAGGGAUGAAGCAUCUCCAGGAGAUGAGGAGCUGGCCCAGUCUUGCCUGGGGGCAGAACUUUCUCUCCCUGUGGGAUCCCAGAUGGAGCAGCAAAGCACAAUUGCUGGAAGCAGAAAGGCAGCAGUAGGAUGGAUCGAACAGGAUCUCCCUUCUCCUGCAACUGGGCUCAGGACUGAUUGCCAUCUCUAGGGAAACAUCACUCAGAUGUGGAGGUGGCUUUUGUAGCUGUAAUGAGAGCAGGCUGUGUUUGAUGUUGGAGGUUUGGAAUUGCACCCUGCUGAGUGCAGACAAUAGAAUUGCUCAGAAAAUAGUUUCUGAAGGUUUUUUUGAGAAGAAGAAAGUGGAUGAGGUCAGACAGAUUCAGAGUUAUAUCUAAGAGUGCACAGGUUGUAAAGUGAAGGACUGAAAACCAAAAAUGUUAGACUCUGGGCAAUGGAAAAUGUCAUAAUCCAAUUAGGUAAAGUUGGAUUAUGUUGAAUUUACCCUAAUUUUGAGCAAUAUUCCUGUUUCCUGAAAAUGAAGGUGUGGGAGAGCAGAAUUAGGUUACAAGAUAACCAAAGCUCCAGCAUUUCCAAGUUUAAAAUGGUAGGAAAAGCUGUAGGUAAUGACUACUUAUAUAUCACUUGUUUGGGGGUGCUGAAUGCAACAACUGAAAUGGCUGUCGUUUUUCAGUCAGUCUCAAGUAUCCAUUUGGUCUCCUGCCCACCUCAUUCUGCUGGCAGGUGGACAACAGGACAGGAAUUUAUCACAGAGCCAGCCAUGGUGGAGUGACCAUCAUGGUGCUGCUGGUCCUCACCAGCUCCCAGGAGCUGCUCAGGAUUUCUGCUUCCAAAGCACCUCUGAGCUCCCUUUGGCUUUUGGUGUCUUGAGCACUUGGAGGAGCUCCUGCCAGUCUUUCCUUAUGACUGUGAAUGGGGUUUUGGCAGUCCUGGCAGCUGAUAGUCUACAAAAGUUAAUAUAUUUUUGUGUGGCCUCUCCUUCUCUACCAGAGUUCUCUGUGAAGCAGGAUUCUUCCCCUGUGUGCUGGAAGGCAGAAAUCCUUCACUAUGGAGUAUUUAAUUUUUCAAAUGACUGCUGCCACAGUAUUGGUCAGUAGUCUGUGUUAGUUGAACUCUGCUGCUGAAUCUGAGCUUUCCUAUUAAAAAAGGAGAAAGCAAAAUAUUUUUUGUAUCCUUUUACUAAAUUAAUCUUAAUGAUUUGUGCAAGUCAUUUCUAUGAGCUUGAUUAUUAUUGCUGGUGGAAAAGCAAUUACAUUGGAAAACCAACUAAAAGUCUAUAGUGAGAUUAAAGCCUACAGUUCUAGAUAUUUUCCUUGAUUUAUUUUUGAUAGUGGGUGAUUUAUUAUUUAGAGUGAGAUAGGGAUCUAGGAAUUCCUCCUGGCUCCCCUUGUUAGUCCCUGCCUAGCAGCUGUUUGAACCUUAUGGCACUAAGAAAUUCCUACAGGUGCCUGCACUUUGGGGCUUGGAAAAAAAACCCAGGUAAAGUGAAUCUGUAAGAAUCUGAUGGUUCAUUUGAUAUGUGGUCAUACAGGGUAGCAGGUCAUUUAGGGGACCACUUGUCUCAUUUUAAUUCAACUAGAAAAUGCUUACUCAGCUGCACAAAUAGGACUAUCCAUCUGUACACCUAUUAUGGGAUCAGAUUAAUUAAAGCAAAAGCAGUGAAUUAACUUCAGUUACAAAGGCUGCCCUGAAUUGCUCAGUAAUAAUUUAAUCCUAUAUUACACAGGUAGAAGGCACCAUAUAACUAACAUGUUAAACUACAAAUUUCUCAUCCAGCAUGAAUUUUGAGGGUUUUUUUAUCUUGUUUCAGCAUUGUCAAGGAGCUUAGCUAAAUAGCCUUACAAAAGUAGAAGGUUUGAAAGCUUUAUUGAAUAAUUUUGAAUGCUUAGUUUUAGCCUUAGGACUAUUUCUAACUAUAACCUGAGCUAACUACCUUUAAUCUUUCAGUUUGUCUAAGUGUCAUUCUGAUAAAUUUAACAUGAACCAAAGGUACUGUGGGAUAGAAAGCUUUCUUGGGAGGUUACUCAGAAAAGAAAUAGUUUUGCUUUUAAUUGCACAGGUUAAUAUGAAAUUGUCUUUCUAGUUUGAAAACAGAAAGUGAUCAUGUGCAGUUGCCUGGGAACAUCCAUCCUGCCAUCCUGCUGCCGAGGUGUUUAUGAAGAGUCAAAAUGUUUAUCAGGGAGGGGUUUUGUAUUUCCAAUGUCGCUGUAAGGUCAUAAGUACUUUUCAGGGAAAUACAUACCUGUGGGCUGCAUUUGUUCACAGCCACCACACCCCAUUCCUUCCAUGCUCCUGUACAGAGUUCCAGGUUGGAUGUGAAGCUCUUAGUGGGAAAUUUCAAGUCUGUACCCAAGGGACAGUCAGUACACUGGGAAGGUGCAUGAAGGUGCACUGGGGAUAACACAGAGCUUGUUCUGUAGCUGUAAUACAAAUAAGCUCAAUAUUCAAAUGCACAAUCUCUCUGAAAUACCACAAUAAGGGAGAAAAUAGAAUUAAUACAAGUGUUGCCAAUCCAUUACUGUACUGAGGGCAGGAAAUCAGCCCUGCUCUCUGCCACAAAGUAAUACUAUGGAAGUCUGGGAACCAUCCUUGCUGGGCAUCAGGCUCUGCCUAGUGCUUCAAAGAAGAAUUGCGUGUGACUUGCACUCGAGCUGUGUGACAAUGUGUGAUUGCAUUUCUGGAGAUUGGAACUGUGUUUUUCCCGUUUCCUUUUGACAUCACUCUGAUGACAGCUGAGGGUCAGCAGUGUUUGCUAAAGAGAUAAUGGCAGGCUGAUGGCCCCUCUCCUUGAGGAAAUGCAGAUUUUAGUCACUGAUAAUUAAAAAUUACAAUUACUGUGUGAUCUUGAGUGUAGUUUGGAGCUUUUUUCCUCUUAAGCCAAGGAAUUUCUUAAAGCAUUUCACUGGAAAAUGGAACUAGAUGGAGAAACAUGGUGGUAGUUAAGUUGUGGAGAGAGUGAAGCACAGGAUUGUGGAACCUGUGGAUUAUGUUCUGCCGUGUUGCAAUUACUCCUAUGGGCAUCACAGGAACAAACAUGGUGCAGUGGUAAACCCAGAAUCUUGAGGGUAAAUAAUUUAUUGAAUAUAUACUAACAUGAGAUGUUCUGGUUUAAAUAUCUUGAAUGAAAAGAGCAUAAUAUGCUUUUUCAGUCACACCCUUCACUAAAGUUGUAAAAAAGAAGAAUCAAGGAAAUACUGAGCUCGGAUUGUUGAGCCUGUUUUCCUGCCAGGAGUGGAGUCCUUGAAGGAGGAAUAAGAAUUAGGAUUGCCAGGAGCAACAACUGACCUUUCAACGCUUGGGGUGCUGUAAGUUGGCAGAUCACAGGGGUACUUCCAAAGCAGAGCUCCCAGCCUGUUCAACCCCAUUUUGAUGAAAAAUGACAUGUCAGAAGAAGAGGGGAUGUUUAUCUUGCUGCAAAGGACCAUUCACACAAUGAUUAUCUUGAUUUUAUUUUCACAGGAACAUAUGUUUCGUGUUUAAUCGUCAACACCUUCCUUAGGUCUUUGCUUCCCACCAUAACUAAAAUAUGAAAAAUAAGUGGGAAUACAGUGAAGGAACAGGUGCGGUUGGAAAAAAACCUUGGCACAGUUGGCCACACAUAGAACAUCUUUUAGAGCAUUAACAGGGGUGAAAAAUUAUGGCCAGUAAACCAGAGGGGGAAGGGAUAGAGGGAUUUGGCUUUAAUUUCAUUUUUAGUGGGAAGAAGAAAUGAAUUUGUAUGAGAAAUUGCUCAUACACAGUUUGAUCCUCUUGCAGGAAUAUUACCAUUGAUUUCUGGAGGAAUGGGAUGUGCCACCUUGUUUGCCUGAGACUGUGCAUUUCUUUUGGUACAGAGUAAUUCACUUACACUCCAAAAAGCCCUAACCCAAACAAAAACCACCACAAAUAAACAAAAUCUACUUCACUGCAUGGAGAUUAAAUUAGCUUUUAAAUCUCUAAUAUGAUUGUUAUGGAGGCUGAGGAAAGGUUCUCUUGAAAUUUUACUACUCGGAGUAACUCCACAUUGUUCAGUAGUGGCAAUGGUUAAUUCAUUUUCUAAAGAUCACGUAGGUACAUGAGGCUGAAACCUUGUGAUUUAUUUUGAGCUCUGAGGAAUAUAAUGUGAAAACCUAUUCAGGUUUUACUGGCUGGCCAGAGACUGCAGUCAGUUUAAUGAGACACAGCUAAAUUUACCAUGAUAAAGUGCUGCUCCAUGCACAGAAUAGAUGUUGUGGUCCUGUGCUGGUGAUUGAUGAUUUAUUACCUUCAAAACUGUAGAACUAAUGUGCGGAAUUAAUUUUGAGUGGAUUAUUCAUUGUUUUUACCUCCUGGAAUCUUGUAUGAUUGGUAAACAUAAUUUAAAAUUAAAAAAAAAUCCAAACACAAAAUUUAACUCAGAUUUUUGCGUUGUGUAUUUUAGAACACCCCCUUUUCCCCUGAGGUGUUUUACAAACCUAAUGUAGCACCAGUUUUGUGCUGCAGAAGAUGUUUAUAGCUCACUUUAUUUGGUUUGUUAUCAAAUAACUGGCUUUACUCUGUAAAGCUCUCAAGGGACCGAGUGAAGCUCCAGUGUGUGGAUGAUCCCUCUGUGCAUGGUCCUUCAUUCCCAGGCAGUCCAUGGGCUGAUCCCAGCUGACAGCCCUCAGUGUGGAGCCCCAGGCACUGGGACUCCACUCACAGGGAAAUGCCUACAGCAGGUAUUGCUCAGACCGGGAAUUUUCAGUUUCCAGUCUUGGUUAAAGCUCCUGCUUUAACUGUUUAACUUCUGGGGAGAAAAACUUGCUCAGGCAGAGGGUUAGAUCUAGAAAACUGAGAGGAGAAUCCAGCCAGCAGGAGAUGGAGAGGGGAGAGGUGUGUUAGAGGCAAGAAAAAUUAUUAAAUGUGCUGUGGUUGUCUCUCUGACAAGCACACCAUGACACAGAGUUUUGGGGUUUCUUCGGAUGCAAGCAAGCCUUUGGUCUGCCUCUUGCACUGUGGGGAUUUGAAAAAACCUGUGCUGCUCCCCCAGUGGGCUCCUUAUGUUCAGGGCUCUGUAAAAAUGUACAUUUAUGUACUAGCCUGUCCUGGAGGUCUCAUUUUGGCGAUGUUGGGUCUAUAAGCUGAGCUGCUGAUGAGCAGCUCAGACAGAGUCCUGCUAGAGCAAAGAGCAGCUCAGCUUGGCAGCAUCAGCCUCCAGGACUGUUUGUGUCUGCUGCUGCAACCAUCAGCUGUGCUUCCCAAAUCCAGGGAGUUAGGCAACAUAGGAUAUGUGCUCUGACAGGCUCCACAGCAACUAAAUGUUGGAUUUAGGUGGAAUUCUGUAGGUCCGUAAGCAGUUUUGGUCCUUGCCCUAGAGAGCUGAGGUGAGCCGAUGACUUUGCUUUGUGAGAGAAUGUUUCAUAAUCCUCCUUUAAGCUUGGGCUCCUGUGCAGGUCCGGGGUGACACAAGGGCUCAGCAGUGUCCUAGCUGACAAAAGCAAAGGCUCUGUGUUUAAUUUAAUCCUUUAUUUAUUUAAAAGGAAAGAAGCUGUACUUUUGCAAGCAAGGCUCUUCUCAGCAUCUGAAAGCUGGGCAGAGUCAGUCUGGAUCAUUACCUAGAUUUUUAACCUCUGGAAAGAACACAGGUGAGCUUGUGGUGGAAAAACCAUUAUCUUUUGAGUCAGUCAUAAAUACUGUGAGGGUAAAGGUUGAAAUAUUAAACUGAGAUUCUUUCUGCUUGCUCUUUGAAAUACCAAAGACCAAGAGCUUGAAAGCUUUUCCAAGGCUUUCUGCAAACAUUGGUGGUGGAAUUAUCAUUCACUUUUUGUCAGGAGCUGCUGUGUGAUGCUGUAAGGAACCUGUGCUCCAAGCAAACACAGCCCUGUAUCCCCCUCUCCUUUGAGUCCUGAAGCUGAUUUGUGUUCUCUCAUCACAGCAACUAUUUAUUCUCUUUUUCACAACCAUCUCUUUGGCCCCUUGUCCUUGUCACUCUGCUGGUGGUUUGGUAGAUAAAAUAGAUUUAAUUACAAUCAAAAAUGCCUGCUGAGGGUGGGCAUGGUGCAGGACUAUGUCAAGACAAAUUGUUCCAUGCUGGGGGAAAACCUCCCUUCUCUGACCUAUUUUCUCUUUUGGAAAUUCUGUUUUCCUUAUGCUUCCCUACAUAUCUUCAGAAACUUCAGUGCUAAAGAACUUUAUGAUCUAUAAGUCAGUUUUUUGGCCUUCAUCUUUAAGUAAAUAAGUAUCAGGUGGCUCUGCUCCUCAGACUUGGAGCUGCUCACAACUCCUCUAUCCAUUACAGACACCAAGCCCUGCAGUGCAACAAUCCAGGGAGUAUUCUGUUUGGUAAAAAUCAAUCAUCACGAUCUCUCUACAUCUCCCUGUUUUGUUAUCUGUCACCUUGAAUUCAUCAGAAUGAUCCAUGUUUGGGUUUUCAUCCCUAAAUCUGGCCAGACUGUGUGAUAAACAACAGUGGCCAUGAGACAGUUUCCUUAAAGGGCUCUUGGCACUCAGUCUUCACUCCUGGAAAAAAUUGUGAAAUAAUGAAAGAUGUUGUGGGAGACAUGGGUUUGUUUUCAAGGUCUAAGCUUUAUGCUCAAGGUAGUCAUAGAAGAGUGCUGUCAAAUUACUGACGUCUGGAAUGUGAAUUUAUCAAACUUCUACUAUGGAAAUUUUUUUUUUUGUAUUGGAGAAAUGUAUCUGAGGUCAAAAAUAUUUUUGUCUUCCUCAGCUGCCAAAUCUCUGUAGGUUCUUUGUAGCUCUCUGAAAUGAUCCUCAUGUGGCUGGACCGGUGCUGUGUGCUCUUCCCUGGGCAGGACAGAACAAACCUGCCCAAACUGAGCCCUGUUUGCAGUUCCUCUGGAAGGGGCUUCCCACAUCUCUUGAAGGUGUUCUGCCUUAUCAUUCCAGGUGCUCAAGGCAUGAACUUCAAACACUUCUCAGCCUUGGCUUUGUUUUAAUGGUAAAAUACAUUUUACUGAUUUCUUUUGCAAAUGCUGCUUCAGUUUCUCUUCUGUCUCCAUGGUGUGCUCCUCACUUUCAACAGAAAUAAUAAACCUUUAUAUUAUUAUUAUGAGUAAUGGGGGAAAUUAGCAUAGUUCUGAAUCUCAUUGUAAGUUCAAAAUUCCUUAUGGAUACUAUCAGAAGAGACACCACAGUUUGUUGCUAUCCUUGAGACAGGAGCUCACAUCUAUCAAAGUCUUGAUGGGCGAUGAUCAAGCUUCUCUUGCUUGGGAAGUGCGAGAUGUGACUGAUAGAACAGUUGGCAAGCCCAGAAGACUGGGCUUCAUUUUUAUAUCAGAGAGAUGCUGUGUGUUUCAGUGUUGGUACAAUGUCCCUUCCCUGGAUAUUUAGCAAACAAAAAUGGUUCCUCAGGGUAGGAGAAAGGGUAAACCAGCCUUUGGCCAAGAGCAGCAUUUGCAUCAAAAAUGCUACUUUUUGGAAUAUAAUUAAUUAAUAGAAUUAAAAUGCCUAAAAAGCUGGGUGUUGUCAGCAAGGAAUGAGAGAUGAUAUUGAAACAGGAUAAAACUUGUGAUAGAAAACACUGUAGGAUUCAUAGCCUAGUUUAGAUGCCUUUUAAAGCAAGGAAAGGAGAUUGACUGUACUUCCUAAAGCCACAGGUAUCAUUCCAGCUUCUGGUUCUGGAAAUUCAGAUAACUUGAGCUUUGUGGUCUUGAUUAAAUCUUGACAAAGUUCUCUCUCUCUUUCUGAUACACUUGCAGAAGCUUUAUCCUUAUAUUUCAGGGCAGAAUUUGGAUUUGAUGCCUCCCUGAGGAUGUAUUACACUUGGUAUUACAUGCCCACUUUGCACGGCAUGCUUCAAUUUAGCUUUUCCUGGUUGAAAGGCAAAAAAAUAAUAGAGAAGGAAUGAAUGUCUUAUAUUGGAAAUCCAGAACUAAUCUGAACACACUCUGUGAGUGUGUGAAGUUGUAGUUUCUCUGUUCCUGCUUUGGUGGAAGGUUUGAUUUUAAUCCAGAAAGAACAAAAAUGAAACUCUUGUACAUGAAUGAAACAAAACCCCCCAAAUAUUUGCCUGACUAAUGAGUAAGUCAAUUUGUUUAAUGGUGUGGUUUGUUUCUUCUUUUUUUUUUUUUAAUAUUCUUUUCCUUAAAGAAAGCAAACUGAAAUUCUUCCCCCCAGCUGAGGUUUUGCAGGUGGGCAGUGUCAGCAGGAACGAGAAGUCUCUGAAGGACAGGAGAAUAGGGAAAAAGGACGCUGUAUAGUUUCUAGGCUGUAUUCCUUACACUUAAUGCAAUGAGUGGUUAAAACAAUAAGCAGGUUUGGUGUCAAGUUUUGGAGAUGUUGUACCAGAGCCAAGAAAGCGGGAGAAAGGCAGGAAGCACUGGAAUGUGUUGAGGGUUUCUCUGAUAGAACACAUAAAUAGUAACUGUGUCAAAGGGAAAGUAGAGGUUGCAGAACAGCAGAACUCUGAAUUCCUGUCAGGGCUGCUUUGAGUUGUGCUGAACGUGCAGGCCCUGGAAACACAUUCAGAGUCAGAGCAGGAGAGGAGCGCUCUGCUCAGGAUGAAGCCUCAGGUUUUAGCAUUUAUAUUUUUCAGAUUCUAUUCUGCUUUAGUGUGUAAGUCUAGGCUUCAUAUUAGGGGAUAGUAAGCUCUCUCCACAGAAUAGGUAGACAAAGCAAUUCCUUCCCUAGCUGGGGACCCAAGGACAGCCACUCCAGAUCUCCAGCCCAAGAGCAUAAACAGUGGUGGACUGAAGAGAAAAAACAAGAAGAAUGGGACUUCAUAGCCUAAAGCUGUAAUUGGACAAUUGGUUCCAAUAUGUAAAUGGACCAGAAUUUAUAAACGUGAGAGAGACCCUGUGACUUGUUCUCCAUUUUGUGGCCAUUUUGGGUUGUGCUGCCCAAGGUAGAUCUAUUUGAGACCUCUUCAUAAAUCCCUAUUUUAUUAUUUAGCUCCGUCUAGUCUCUGUCCUAGGUCAGCCUUCGCAAGGCAUAAAGGAGUCCUGUCCCCCCCGCGGAGGAGCAGGCUGGGGCUUCCUCGGCGAGAGACAGCCCAUCCCACACCCCGGCAGCUGCUGCAGGGUCACAUGCGAGUGCCACAGCCUGAUCCUGACCUGUGGGGACACUGCAUGUCGUGUCAGCACAGAAGUGGCCAGGAAUAUGUUGCAGUGCAAGUAGUCUUGCUGCCUACACUAUUUUUAUUUGCCUAGGCAGUAUCUUGAUGAAAUCAAGAAGACUGAAUCUGUUUAAAGUUUUGAAGUGGAAAGGAAAUAAUAAUGAUGCUUUUAUUGAGGCCAGUUCUUUUCUCAGCCAUUUCUUCACUUCUUUCCUCAAGAAGAGUGGGAUCUGAGUGCAGGAGCUGGGCUAAUCUGAUUUAGUAACAGCUGGAAUACAGAGAUUUUUUUAUUUAGCUGUUUAUGCAUCUUAAUACAUCUUGUUCCUUUCACUUUCUUUCAUUUUCCUCCCCAAAAGAGUUUUAACAAAUGCAAAGACACUGUAAUGAGGAGGGAAGAAAAUGACUCCUGACCAUAGAGCUGUGGAAAUUAAAUCUUUCCUUUCUUUUUCCUUCUCUUUUACUAGAGAAGGACCUUAUGAAUAUAACUCCAUGCAACUAGCCCCCUGCAGCCACAGGGUGUGGGAAAUGGUUUGUGUGGGUGUUCCAAAUCACCAGAUAAAAGAAUAAAAAUGGAACAGAUGAGAUGCCAAACCCUUAACUAAUUUAAGGUGGCAUAAUGCAAAGAGCAUGGAUGAUGGAGAAUUUGGCUUCAUUUAGUGAUCUUCAGGGCAUUUCAUACAUGACAUCAAAUAGUGACAGCUCUUCUGAAAGCUGCAAAGAUUUGGAAGUGGCCACCCCAGUGAUGCAGAAGUUUUUCUUUUCCAUCUUCCUUCCAUACCCUGACUUGACUGCUUAAUAAAAUAGUCAAUUUUACCUGGUAAGCUCAGCCAGUGUAUUUUAUGUAAUUCAUGGUAUGGAUUUGGCUAAAGCUGUGCUCUACACAGUGGAUCUGGGUACCAGGUGCAGCAGAACUUCAAAAAUGAGAUGAAUUAAACUGUGGAGGGAGUUUCCUGGGUCUGACCAAUCAGCUUUGGGGUUCCAAGUGAAGGAAAUCAAGCUCCAUACCAUACUUCAUAGGUUCUUUUAUUUAGAAGUAAACAGCUCAGCUGGGAUCUCUUAGCCUGAUAUGAAAUUCCAACUUGAUGGUUUUCUGAUAAAUAGUCUGUCUCCUGGCCUUUGCUGAAGCUCUAGGAAGAAAUGCAAGCUGCAUGUAAAGCUGCAAGCAGAAUAAGUUGUAUUUCACUUUUAUAGGUCUUUUUACCAGCAGUUAUUUUUAUUGUGCCCAGACAUUAACCCCACUAAUUUUCCUUUUGUUCUUUAAAGGCUUAAAACUAAAGCUUAUCAAAAGACAACAGACUUUUCAGUAUUUUCUUGGAAGGUAGAGGAAAAAUCUCAUGAAGAGGCAUCAGUUAAAACCAGGAUAUCCAUCAUUUUACAUCCAGUGGGCUGGGUAUGUUGCUUGUGUUUGAGCCUUUCAGCUGCAGCUUGGGCUCUGUAGGAGUCUGGGUGGGCAGAGCAGUUUUGUGUCAUCUUCAAACAGGUGAGGGUGUGAUGCACAUGGGGUUAAACACCUCUGACUUAGAAGACCAUCUGUGUUGCUCUGCAUUUCAUUUGCACCUGAAAAUAUGUCUAACAGGUACAUGGGUUUGUAUAAACCCUGACAGUGAGGUGGUCCUUAUUCUGAGUUUGGAAUAAUUUCAUUAAAGAAAAGGAAGCAAAUACCUUUAUAUCUAAGUAGACUAAAUCUCCUUUCCUCUAAUUUUCAUCACUGUGCAUUUUGCUCUUCACUAAGUGACGGAACAGGUCCCCCAGCCCUGUUCCCUGGGCUCUUGCUGAACCAGUGUGAGAGCAACCAAGGAAAUAAAUACCUCCAAAUUUGCCCAGAAAGUGGUUUUUGCUGUCAAAAAAGUAUUGAAGUAUUGACCUUGCAGAUGAGCGGGAGCUGCUGGUCCCUUGCUGCUGAGUGCUCCUGCUGUUGUCUCCUGUGGGCUUCACUGGGGAAGCACUGGCAUUUCAGCUGGGGAGGAAUCCUGCUCCUCACCUAGAGUCUGCCAUCAGAAACCCAGGUAUUUAUAGCACAUGCAUCCCUGUGGAAAGUGCUACUAUUGUAUUUGGGACACUUUAGUUCUAUAUUUAACUCUGUUACCUCCAGUGAAAACCCUCACAUUCUGCCUGUUAAUUUUCCUUAGCUUGCUCACAGCUCAAUGCCGCAUGUCACUUCUUUUUGCCUCUAGACAACUACAGCCAUAUGCCUGUAGGUUCCAAAACAAGGAGAAUGAAAGAACUUUCAGGCAAGUGAUGAGAUUAAAUUGACACAGUGCAGGACUGGAGCUGAAAAUGUUAGACUGCUAUGCCUUCUCAAAUGCCCUUUUACCAGCUAAGAAAAUCUGCCUUUAAAAAAUGGUUGGGACUUGAGAGUGACAUUUAAAAGUGAACAAAGGGAGCAUCUGCAGAAUUCACAACCAAGGUGUGGGUGAGAUCGGGAAGAAAACCCCAGUGAUCGACCAGAGGUUUGUCCCAGAGGAGGUCUCAAAUAUUUGUCCUUCUGUCACUAUUUUAGCAAAAGAUUAAAAUGUCUCUGGGAGCAAAACCACACUCUGGAUGGUGUUUGCUUUAGAAGUGAGUCAUGCCUGGGAAAACAAACUUACUCAAGAUGCAUCCCACAGCAAAACAAACUUAUUUGAGAUCAACUUACUCGAAUAUCAUAAAUUAGUCCAAUUCCACUAGAAUUUGAUAUCAAUUAACCUAAAUACAACCUAAAUACAAAUGUAUGUGUUUGUAUAAACUUCAUUGUUAAUAAUAAGUGAAGCUCUGGUCAUCUCCUCCUUGGGGACAAAAAAUGAAUUAAUUGGUCAGGGAUAACUGGAAAAGGCUAUAAUCUCUGAGGAGAGGCAGAGGGGAAAGUGAAAAUAUAUAAACAAUGAGUAAAUGCAAAAGACAGAUUGAAGCUUCAUUUAACUUCUGGAAGAUGUUGGAGAAGCUCUGUGAAAUGCAGUAGCUGGAAAUUCAAAAGCAAUGAAAGAAAUGAAGAUGUUGUUUGAACAUGGAAAUAAAAUUUGAUACUUAGAAGCAAUUCAUAAUAGCAAAAAGACUGAAAUGUAGCUAUUAAGAACUCAAGAGUGGCAGAGCAAUCUGGCUGCAGCUCAGUGUGUCAGCUCCUGUGUGCUGCAACAUCAACUUGAGUGGACCAUUUAAAAGCUUUACCCUUUUUUACUGAAGCUUCAUUUCAUUCUCAAGUCCUAACCCAUCAAUUGUUGGUAAUUUUUUAAUAGAUUAGGCACAGAGCUUUGCUUGUUUGGAGGGGAUCCCUCUGUGCAGAGCCUGCCUACAUUUGCAGUGUAGCUACAGGUUGUGUGCCUGGUUUGACUUGCGCUCCUGUGAGCUCACCCUGAGGGCGCUGUGAUUUUAAACACUCUGCCUUAUUUUAGUGCAGUGACUGGUUAUGAUUAAGGGACUUUGCAAGUAGAAAUUUGUUUGGGCUAGACGUGCAGAUGUAACACCACACAGAUUGUAUUCUAAAGAUACACACGUACCUCUCUGUCAAAAUGUGGCUGAGCAGUCAGAGAAGAGGUCGGCAGAAAUAAAAUAUGAAACAAGGGAGGAGCCCUUCACCCGUGUCUACAAAUGAGAGCGAUGGCAUUCCUUCCUACAAAUGCACCAGGAUCAAGAGGAAAGAGGCCACAGGACUUUGGAGUCUUACCUUUUUUUUUGUUAGGGUUGGGAUUAAAUGUGUGGCAUUUCUUGUUUGGACUUAGAUGAUCUAGUUCUAUUUGAACUACACACUCAUAACCUUAGUUCUGUAAUUUGACUUUGGAAGUCUUCUUUAUGGCCUCAGGUCUAAUGUAGUGUUUUCUUGGGGGUCAGUGCCUGUCAGCACAGGAAGUCUAAAAUUCUCAGUAACCAGGGCUCUUACACAGGACCAUAAAGGAAGAGGUGCAGUAUGUACAACCCCAUAGUUUUACACUCACUUGUCUUCCACUCCCCUACCUGCUUACCAGCCUUAAUUUGUUUUAUCUAAGGGAAUAGAUUGAAAUGAAAAAUUAAAUUAAAAGGGACCAAGUCAACAAUUUUUGCCUUGCAGCUUCCUGCAGGGUAUGGAUUUGGGUCAUUUAAAGGAAUUUAAAUGCUUGACUAGAAGUAGGUGAAAGGUUGGUGUUUUGUCUGUCAUUUUGCUGGAAGUGUAAUAAACCUCAGGUAACAGGCCAGGAUGUUAUUGCUCUCAGGUUGAUAAAGUCUGCUGCUCUAUUCUUUUAAAUUACACAACUGCCAAAUUAUAAACAAACUCCAUGGAACACAAGGAGUUCUUAUGAAUUUUAUCUCUUUCAUUUUGCCAUGCUCAAUAUCCUGCCCUUUAUUAAAGCACCUAAGGGAUGGACAGUGAGUAUCGAGAAAUCUCUUGCUGUUCCCAGGGGUCUCCUCCACCUCUCACUUAUUGGACUCCUUGUUUUCACUAAAACUGCUGUCUCUCUUGUAGGAAUGGUGUUGUGCUGCCAGACACACAUACCUGCAGGGAGGGGAGGUGGCACUUCUCCAGUGACGGGGAUGUACAGACUGUGCCCUCUUUGGUGUCUUCUGAGGGAUAUGAAAACCACCUCUGAAGCACUGGAACCUUUCCUGCUUUGUGCCUUUCUCAUGGAUAUGGGAUAAAUCCCAUCCUGAGACCUCACUGUGGAGUGAAGUCAUGAGCAGUGCUUUGGAAGGGAUUCUAGGUCACAGGGUUUUUUUAAAUUUUAUUUUAUUUUACUUCUUAAGAUACAAAUUUAGAAACUCAUUAAGGCUUUGUCCUUAUGGAUUAGACAUACUUAAAACAAUGGCAGGAUUUUCUCCAAAGGAUAUGAUGGAAUUUGUUGACAAGAUUAAGGACAGGCAAAUGGUGUCACCCAAAGCCCACAGGAGUUACUGAGAAGUUUGCUGAUAAAGGAUUUGGAUCUGGCCUCCAGAAUUUUGCAGGUGGAAAGAAAAAAAUUCAAAGGCAGAUUAUUUUCCUUCUUAUAUAAGGAAUAAUUCAUUGCUACUUCCUCACAGAAACCAUGGGCAUUGAUUUUCCAUGGAUUUAUGUGUGGUGGUUUACAAGACUAAUUUUUACAAAUGCUUUCUGUUGGCAGAUGUAAGCAGUGCCCUGCUGCACUGGCUGAACAACUGUCAUUAAGCAAAUGGUUGUCAUUAGCAGGUACUUUUUUAAGCUUCAUUUUGUUUAAGCAUUUUUUUUUAAAUCCAAAUAUCUGUAGAAUUGCAAAGUGGGGAAAAAAAAAUCCAUAUCUAGCUCAAAUUGCUGAGAAAUCUUUGGGAAAUUUAUAAACCGUCUUGAAAAGAUGGAUAUAGCUGUACAGUGUUUACUGUGUAAUUCUAAAUAUAAUUCUAAAUCCUAUUAAUUCUAAAUACAAUUUCAUGAAAAGGAGCUCAGGGAGAAAUAUAAAUGCAUGGGAUAAAUGGGUCUCUUAAAUACAUAGACAUUCUACAUGGAACUUACCUGCCCUGAAUUUUUAAUUCAGUGAUAGAUCUCUCUUUUCAGCAGUUUCUUUUUAGAGCAACACCUUUAGCCAAGGGAAUGUGAACAUUAUAAUCUCAAAGUUCUAUUUCUGGAGGUUUCUUACUCAACAUUGAACCAUUUAUUCUGAGGGGAGAGCUGCUGUGUGAGGUCUCUGGUGUCCUGGUUGGCAAGUUGGGCUCUUCCCUUACCUGCAGUUUGGCUUGUGGGACUUGCACCCAAAUACUUGAAUCAGCAAAAGCCUCUCUGUGUUUUAAGAGCCCCUGGUUUACCUGAUACCUCUGCAGGAAUUAUUUUACUGACAAUUAUUUACUAGAGAUCUGUUAGUGUUACCUUUGCCUUGAGGAUACUGAAGUUCUGUUAAUUCCAUGGGAAAUGCAGCUGCUGAUUUCAGCUCUUGGAAGUGCUGAAAGGGAUAUUUGGUUUUUGGACUCUGUCUCCCUGGGUGUACCUAAACCUCUGGUGCUGAGAAUGAUGUGCUAGGGAUGGGAUGGGAGAUACUUCUGAAAUAAACUGGGAUUUAUUGAAGAUGUUUGGUUUGUCCUGAGAACUAUGAUUCACAGCUAAACCUUUGUUCUUUUGAUGCCAGCUCUGAAUGUGUGCUCAGCUACUGUUCUAGACUCCUUUGUGAAAGUCAAAAUUACUUCCUGCAAGUGCUUUACUACACUUUCAGUUAAUGGUUUUAAAACAGAAAUGUGAUGUUAUUUUCAUGACACAAUGUUUAUUUAAGGUAAAUAUUAAUAUCUUCUUAAAUAUUAAUAUAAUUUAAAUUUGAUGUGCUACUGCCACAAGACAGAUAAUUGUUCUUUGAGAAAAAUUGUACUGUUGUAUAUUAUACUUCAGGGCAAGGUUAAGACUCAGUCAUUCUGCAUUAUAUCUGGACUUAAGAAACAGAAGAGUUAUGCAUUUAAGAAACAGAGAAGUCAUGGAUCUCUAUUCUUACUCUCUUGCUCCUUUUGGUUUCCACAUCUGUUAUAGCUUUGAUGUGAAAUACCUGCAAACUGCAAAAUUUUGCUUCAUGUAAACUUGAAGAAUAUUUUUGAUUGUUUUCAGUUUCUCUAGGCUUAUUUUGUUUCAGUAAGGUUUUGUAUCUCUAUACAAUGAAUAAUUUUGAAAAGUCUUGAGUCUUCAUCUCAUUUUUGUAAAAUCAAGGGAGAUUUUUCUUUAUGGCUUUAAUGAAAACAAAGCUGGCACUUGGCUGCCUUUGAAAAUCAGACCCAUAACUUAAUAAACAACACAUCACUGUCAGCAUUUACGGUGGAUGUCAAUAUUUGCAGUGGCUUUAAAUGGCAUUUACACCAUAAAUAUCCCCAUUAGGUUAAUCCUUACAGAAGUGGAAGGGUAACUGUUAGCCAAGCCCAGACGGUCCAGGUUUGGCUGGAUGCAGAGGGCUCCUUCCUAGUGAAUUUGUCCUGGUGGUGUGGUCACUGUGUACUGCGAUGUGAGGCAGUCUUUGUGCUAAAUGGGAUUGGCUCUGGACAAGGGAAAGGGCGAUGGAGAGCUCCUGUGGUUUACCAGUCUCAGCCCAAGGGUAGCUCCCAUGUUGAUGCCAGUGGCAAUGUGUGUUCUGCUCUUGGGAACAUUUCCUGUCCCUUCUGCCAGGCUGUGCUUCUUGACUCAAGCCAGAGUUCUUCUUAUGGUGCCUGUAGCAAUUAUUAAUGCAGCAGUUGUGUGAAAAUGCAAAUAAGUGUACCUGUUUUGUACAGUAGCUAGAUAAAUAUUGGAGUAAAAAUCAGAUUGUUGUGCUUUCCCUGGGCUGAAGUGGGAGGACCCACUGAGAACAGCAGUGGCUGUGCUGCAGCAGAUUUGCCCUGUGACAUUCUCCUGUGCUGGUGAAUUCCCUCCUCAGCCUUCUUUCUACCCAGGGAGCCCAAGUCAGUGCAUCUAAGGAGCACAGUUUGGACCUGUCACCCUGAGUUCCACCCAAAUUCUCCUAAAGGUGUCUAAAUCUGUCUCAAAUCUACCUUGAACCCAGAGGCACCUGUGGGUGGCAGAGUCACUGUGGUGGCCACGUGUAUGUCCUUUUUCAGAACCAUCACUAGCUGCUCCAAGGAUGAAUGUGCCAGGUCUAGACCUUUGGGAAGAGCUGUGGCCCUGCUAUGUUCUCAUUUGCCAGGGCCCCACGGGCUGUGGGCAAGGCUGUUUGCAGAUUGUUCCCAACUUGGGGGCAGCUGUGAGCAAAUUCUCACAGCCCGUCCAGGACAGCGUCCAUCAUUUCAGGCACUGUCUUCACAGCUCCUGUAAUAUAAAGCAGCUUUUAUGUGUUGGCUUUUCAUUUUUCUAAAAGGGAAGCUAGAAAGCUUUUAUGAUUUUCUGACACAUGAGCCAGAGAAAGAAUAAAGAAUACAAAGGUUUUCCUGCAUUUUUAGGGAAAAUUUCUUCCCUUCACACCUGCUUGCAUUGACUAAUUCAAGUAAAUAAAUCAAGACCAAAUUUUCAGUCAUCCCCUGCAUAUUAAUCAUCUUAUCCACAGAGCUUCAUGUUGUAGCUCUUUAGGAUGGGAACCUUGCUUGAGCUGGUUUAUUAGAGAAAAUAUAUGUCAUGGUCAUUGAUAUCAUAAUGCUCAUUAUAUUGGUGACACUAUCAGAAUUAGAAGCCUUUAAAGGAAAAUGCCAUGAGUACUCACUUCCCCUGGAGCUAAAUGAGUGAGUGAAUAAUCUCUGAAAUGAACAGAGUAAUUAGACAUUUUCUCUCUGGAGAUGGGACAGACUCCAGGAAUAAAUAUGGGCAAUUCCCAUUUUGAAAGGAGCAUUUGGAAUGGUUACAAUUUGUUCCUGUAACAAAACAGGCCAGUUAGAAGCAAAAAUGGGGGGGACAAUUACUGAAAAUACACGUGGAAAGAAACAAUGCUUGAGUCCCUGGCUGGCUGCAAAGGGGAUGCAGAGCAACAGUCAAAAUGCCAGAAGUACCAGUGACAUGUCAGACAAAUUGUAGAAGUGACAAGCCACCUGAUGGCCAAGGACAGCCCCGUCUCGUGCUGGCUUAAUUAGCAUGAAUGAUGGUUCUGUGUGAAUUCUAACCCCUUGAAAAAGGCCAUAAAUGGCACCCUUGAAAAUUGACUUUUUCACUCCUUCCACACUUGUCUCCUCACCUUUCUUUGCAACAGGGUAUAACUUCAUUGGAAUGUUAUUUUUUUUGGGGGGGGUGGGGGGUGUUCAUUAUUUUAAAAAAUUAUUUUGCUUAAAUAAAUCUUAAUGUUAAAUCUUCAUUCCUAUGGCCUCGAUUUGCCUGCCUUUUUCAAAGAAUGUUUCUCUUUUGUGGGUCCUCCAGCUGCAAAAAUAUACAAUGUGAAUGUCUGCCCCAGGGUCAAAGUGAUCCUUUUGACUGUGAAGUUUAACAACGUGCAUAUUUAUCCAGCUGAUAAACAUGUCAAAUGUAAGAGAUGUGUUUGACAAGGAGCAGAAUUUUGAGGACAUGGAGGCGGAUGUCCACUCUUACUGCUUUCUGUGGGCUUUCAGGUGUUUUUGUUGGCACAUCUCUUAAGUGUUCAAGGUAGUAGUUUAUGCUAAUGGGUGAUGUGAAGAUGUAAGGAAGUUAAUUACUUAGUUAAUAAUUCCCAGUCUCAGAUAAUAUCAGGCAACAAGAGUAAUGAGAGUGGAGUAAAAUCUGAAGAGAAUUUCAAUAAACCCAGAGUAAAAACUGCAAAAGGACUUGGGAGUUUGCUUAAUUGAUUGUCUUCAUGGAGAGAGUAGUCAUGUUUAAAAUUGUCCAUGCAUCAUUUGUUCUAAUGUAAUAACCAAAAACUAUAUAAAAGUAAUUUUAUUGGGGGGCAAAAAGUAAUUAACCUGUCCUGUUACAAUGAAACAUAUUUUUUUUUCUAGAGAGAAUUCUGCUGGGGACAGCAAUCCUACCUUUGAUUAUGUGCUAUUGCAUUAUGAAAACUGCAAUUCAGUCAUAUUCAUCUUUUGUUCAACAGAUUUUCACUUUAGUGGGAUAUGAGCUAUCUGAGCUUAAAUUUGGUAUGAGGCUUCUUAAAGGUGACAUUUCAAAUAAACAUUUUUUUCUGCGGUGUUUUCAGAGAGGAGCUUUAACAAAUGAUGGCAGAUGUGAAAUAAUCUCACAGUCAAGAAAUAUGACUUGGAUGUUUUGAGUUACAACAUCCUUAAUUUUUCUUUUGCUUGAUUAACUUUUGUAUUGUGGUUCCCAGGAGCAGGAGGAAUUAAUUCCAGUGUGAAGUGACUCACUCCCUGUGCUCUGGGAGAGUGAGCUCUGGGGUGAGAAGGGUUUAAGGUCUCUUGAAGUCUGGAGCAGCAGGUGAGAGGAAAUUCUGGUGAAAACUGGGAGCUCCCCAGUAAGAAGGUAAAGGCUGGUGUUUGGGAACUGACUUCCAGCAGGAUGCACAGAUACCCCAGUCCAUAAUAAUCAAUUCCAGACUGCUGGAGAGGGAGGGGGAUUGUCCUGGGACAACUGUCCCAGCCCUGCUCUGAGGCUGCAGCUCUGAACCUCACAGUGUUUACAGCUGGGUGGGUGUGAGGGAGAGGCCACAUUUGUAUCUCGUUUUGGUCCCUGCUUUGGAGGUUUCAAUUGGCUGAUAUGGAAACUCUGGGAGGAAGGACCCUGGCCUCCCCUGGGGCUUGGUGACCCCCAAGUUACAGCAGCACUGGCACAGAGAGCAGGGGAUGCAGCUGAACCUGUGCCCAGCUGCCCCGUAUGUGAAUGUGUCCAUAUACAUACAAAAUAGAGAUAUCCACACUAUAUAACUAUCCCAUUUCCAUCUCCCUCUGCCCAGGAGUCACAGAGCAGGCUGCUCAGCCCUGUGCUGUGUUCACCUGGUUCCCUCCUCAUGCCGGCGGAGCGGCUGUGCUUGGCUCAGCCACGGCUCUUCCUGGUGCUCCCACAUCCAUCUUCUCCAAAGCUUUCUGAGCUAUUUUACUGCCCUGUGCGAAGGGAAGUGCUUUGUGGCACUGCACCCUACCAGGGUGCCAAGGCAGUGGUUCACAGAGAUGUGCAUCAGCAAGGAGCAGUGGAAUUUAAACUGACUUUUAAUCUGUGCUGAGACGUGAACUGGGAAUUAUGAAGAACACUAUUCAAUGAAAUCCGCUGUCCUUAAUAGACAGGGAGGGGGGUGCUUAACAUGUAGGGCAAAGUAAGUGCUGGAUCUGAUUGGAUUAGUGGCAAAUUUAAUCUAGUGGAUGACUCUGCUGAUUCAACAGUAUACUUUUUUCCUAGGAUCAAAGUGACUUUGGCUUGACAUGUGAUCUGCUCACUACCCUAAAUGAACUGUAGGCUGGAUGGGUUGGAUUCUGUAUUUCAACAGGGAGAGGAAUUUGAGAAAUUGCAAUGUACAGAAAGGGAAAUUAUCUUUUUACAGCAUGGGAAAGCUUUUCUAUGAUGCAGAAUUUCCUCAGAUAUGCUCCCCAAGCAGCAAAUAGUAACUCACAAAGAUGUUAUCCCAGGAUAGCAGCACUUACUACAGAAUUUAUGAAAACUUGUGGUUUCCAUUAUGUUUUUCAAGCCUGAAUCCAAAGGACAAAUAUCCUUUUUCCUGUAAAGAGGGGUAUCUGACUCAGCAGAUUUGAUUGAAUGUACUUACAACAGGAAGAUGAAAGACUAUGUAAAUAGGUUAAGCAUGGGCUGAAUUUUAGUGGGAAAAGCCUCUUGAGACUUCAGAAGCACUUUAAAAAUUGAUAGUCAAAUCACAAGUGUCCUGCUUUUGUCCUAGGUCAGUGUGUUAAAUAUUGAAGAAUGAUGUGUCUCUGAUUAAAGACAAGGAAAACUGAUUUGGAUCUUGAAGUAAUUCAUGCCCGUGAUGGGAUGUCCUGUUCCUAGAAAAUCCCUGUGACACAGGGAGUGUCUGAACACCUGGGAAUUAUGAACUGAGGCAGCUAUUGUUGCAAGGGAAGAGCUUUAUACAAAAACCAUUUUCAACUUAUUUUAAUAUAUUUGUUUUGUGGUUCUGAAGUGUACUCUCUUGCUCUGACUCAGACUGUUGUGUGGUUCUGUGAAAGAAACUGGUUUGGUGGCCCCAGAAGUGGAUAUUAUUUGGGCUUUGGCAAGAACAAGGAGAACAAAGCAGGAAUUGACAUGAAUCAAUGAACAAUUACAGAGACAAAAUUGGCCUCUGCCAAUGUUUACUGUGUCCAGUGGUAAAUGCUUGAUGCUCAAGGGAUUGUAGACUUUGGAUGUAAUGGAUGGCAAGAAAAAAACCACAACUUUACAGGGAAUUCUUUACCACCACAUGAGAAACAUUGUGUUUAUGUUAAAAAUGAGGCAGUAAAGAUAAGGUUCUUUUCUGAAAAUAAGAUUGCUGAUUGUUACUCACUUCCUCUGAUUUUACUUUCCCAAACAGGUCUGCAUUCUGCUGACUUCCACAAGGAAGAGAUUUGUCUCACUUGUUAGUUUUAACUGAGGUUAUGCUUCCUUUCUUUGACUCUGCCACCCUGUCUUUCCCUUCCAAAAGCUUCAAGUCCAGGUGUGAGUCUAUCCCUUAAUCUUUCUCUUACUAAAAUUUCCAGUCUUUAGAGAUCUGUCAUAUUCUAAGACAGAGCAGUAACUUGUGUGUUCUAUUCUUAACUAAUGGAGAGGGUUUUUUACCAAAAUAUAAGAUGUCCUCAGUAAGGACAGUAAUCAGCAAGCUACUCUGGAAGUUUGCACAAGGCUUGAUGGCUAUUAAAUAAAGCUCCUGAUGUUUAGGUGGAAAUGAUGUCUCAUUAAAAUGUUGGUCAGGCAGCUCUCAGUCCUUUUUACUUAGGUACUUCACCAAAAAGAGCUGCCACAGUCAUACACCUAGGGGAGCUUGGUUUGAUCCUGUUGCUGCCUUUCCUCUUCCUCUGAUGAUGGGAAGUAUCCCUUGGAGUCAGUGUUCCUGGGAGUGUGGGUACAACCCUUCAGAGCAUCCUUGGAUCUCAGACUAAAGGAAGGACUUGACUAAAACCAGGAAAAGCCUGUGGCCUUCUAACAACCCCCUCUUGUCACCUCAUGUAUUCUGCAAUGGGAGCGCUUUUCUUGCUGUCCUGCCCAGGGUAAAUUGUCCCUGUGUGCUGACUGUGGAGUCAGACCCUGGUCAGCAUAGAACAAAUGCUCUCAGCAAAACCCAGCCAGCUGUGUCAGCUGCCUCUGCAAGCAUUCCCUUACCAAAAAGUGAAAAUGAAACCUUGGAGUAUUAUCUUUGAACAAACAGGUGUGGGAGCAGGAGGAGACUGAGGUGGAAAAAUGUUGGAAUCUGUGAUAUUUAAAUGAUCUUGAGAUUGUAGAAAGUCUCUGUCUCCCAUCCCUGCUGCUAAAGAAGAAGAUGUAAUUAGUCUGUGUUUUUUUUUUAAGGUUGUUUAUUCUUGUUUAUCUAUAACAUGUUCUGUCUGACUUGCAGCAGGUCUGUCUUGUAGGAUAGCGUGUGAGUCUCUGCCCCUCAGUGGGAUGUUAUAAACAUUAUAUACCAGAAACUAUGUGUGUUAUAUUUACAAUAAUGUGCUAAUAUCUAUUACUUAUGUUGAACAGUGUGUCUCUAGUCUAAACCAAUAGAAAAAUGCCAACACUACAGUGAAACAUGGAAGGCAUGAAGAAGAAGAAAAAGGACAAGGCAUGCCAAAUUUCUUCCAUCUUGCCUCCUUCAUCUUGCCUCUUGAACUCCUUAUCUAGAAUCCUAAAAUUCUACUUUUGCACCCGUGCCACACUAAUUAUUAUUUAUAUCAAACACUCAGAGCUUGUAAUUCCUCCUAUAAGGUUGAAAACUCUUUUCCAUGGACAGAGAUCAGAGACAGUGUCUCUUCGGGCUCUGUACAGGGGGGUUAUCGACCCCCUUGCCAGGAUCACAGACCUUCCAGGGCAGCCAGAGGGAUGCCCUGGAUUCCCAUGUAGAAACUCACUACUGCUUCCUGGGAGAUGGGCUAGAGAUAUGUUAAAUGCCUUUUUUGCCUUCUACCUGUUUGUAACAGUGGGACAAAAAAAAAAAGGUACAACCAGACCAACCCAAAGCCCAACAAAUAAAAUAAAAGGAGCAGUUCCGAUUGCUUCUCACUCCACUUGCUGCCCAAGUGCUUUGGUCACAGUUUGGCUGAUGAGGGCAUGGUGGAACUUGCCAUUGCUGGAAGAGUUCAGUUCCCUUUCCCUUGGGAAGAGCAGGCUGGGUAGGGAGGUGUGGAGCUCUCAGUGGCUGCUCUGCCAGAAGAGUGUUUAUGCUAUGGGAAAAGUGAGCUUAUUCUGGCAGCUUUCCAGGAAGACUUUGUUUAGUGUGCCAGCUCUUUCUGGGGUCGGUGUGUCAUAAUUGCUGCUCUGGGAAGAAUGGGAGGAAAGGAGAUUCCUUUUAGUCUCUAAUCCUGUGCUCUGUUUUUCUGUCAGUCUUCCUUAGGACUGGAAGCUUCUGUGGGCUUUGAAGCUGAGGGCAGUUCUCUGUACCCUUAGUGAGGCCAGGAUUGCUCGUUGCCUUCUAGGAAAUACCAGGGGGGCUGGGGUCAUCAUGUGUAAGAUUUAGGGAUGUUGUUAACAACUGUAGUGUGCCAAAUCUUGGUGCCCCUGAGGCAAUCCCAUAACCAUGUAGAGCAGGUGGAUGCAGGAAACACUGUGGAUGUUCUGUGGUUUUCCAGCUGGGGUGGAUGGGUUUCCUUCUUGUGCUCAGCAUUCUGUAAAAGACGUGACAGAGGGGAAUUGAUACAGGUUUUCUCCUGCUGGUAAUUAAUACAGGUUCCCAUAGCUGAACUUGAAAACAGGGUUUUCAAGGAAAACCCUUGGAAUUUUCAAGGAGGUGAAAACCUGAGGAAUGGCAAGAAAUAGUGCACGUGGAUUGGAACUGGUUGUCAGGCUCACAGAACCCAUGAAAUAUAUAAUCCCUCUGCAAUAAUUUAUUGCUACAGAUCUUGUGCUCAUGUCCUAAGCCACACAAAAAACCUCAUUCAUAAAUUUAAUUUUGGUCCAAUUGUUUCUGCCAAGUUUUUCUUUACAGGAAAAAAAUCCCACAGAUUUCUUUUGACCAUAUCCACUUCCAGCAGUGAAAAGGAAACCAGGCAUUCCUGGAAUUAUUAUCAAAAUUCCUUUGUCUCCACAGGGCAGGAAGCCAGACUGCUUUGUUUUAAUAGCAUUUUUCUAGCCUUAAACAUCCAAGGCUGUCUAUGUGUCUCAAUUUUCUCCAGAAAUUUCAGGAUUCUGGCUGCAUUUUGUUUCAGCACCUGCCCUAACAGCUCACUUAUACACUGAUUUUACCUUCCUUGCCCACAGCACUACAGUAUCUGAGCUUUGUAAUAAAGCAGUAGGCAGGCUGCUUUGCUUGUGUUUCUAACAUGACUUGCUGUGGUCAUACAUAUGUAAUAUAAUAGGAUUUGUAAUCCCCUCCCUCCCCCGACUGUUUUACUUGGAGUUUUCCUGCAGUUUGUAGUUAAUAGUCACAUCUGUAUUUUGUGCUCAGAAUUCUGGGAAUAAUUCUUUUUGUCUUCAUUCUAAAAAUUCUCAGGAGAUUCAGUGCUACUUUGUAGCUGCUGGUAGAGAAAAAUGUCAGUAUUUUCUUAGUUUUCUAGAAUUUAUUCUAUUUCAUAACAUUACUAUAUUUUAGUUUAAUUAGUAGUAUUAAUCAGAGAUGAUAAAUGAGACAGUACCACCUGCUUGGAAAAUGCUCAUGUGUCUCUUUUUGCUUUUUGCCUACUGAUGGGGCAAAUUCUUCCUCCUUGUAACCCUAUAAAAGAAGCUUUCAGGGUGGCCAGAACAAAAUCCCGGUAAUUUGAGGGCAGGUAGUUCAUAGAAAAACCCUCCCCUCACAUGCACAUGUCCACAAAAACACAUGCACUUGAUUUUUGAGUCUGACUCAUCUUUCAGCGUGUGUUGAGUGACCCAGGAGGGGCAAGAAAGGGCCCUGAGGAGCUCUUCAUGCUGGGGGCAGAGGAUUAGUCACAGAUUGCUGUGUGGAAAACUCGACCGCUUCCAACAGCCUUUGGAACCAAAAGCCCUGCACAAUUAUUUGUAUGCUUGGGGAGAGGAAAUGCGUAAAUUGCUUUCCCAUUAGUGAAGUAACCAGGAAAUAAACAGAGGAGACCCUGUUUAAAAUGUUUGUUUUGUUCCGAUGGUGGCGAUAAGCAGCUGGGAGAGCUCUCAAGUUGGUCUGCUCUCCCUGAGUCACCCCAGCUUUAUCUGGAUGUCAAAGGUCCUCAUGCUGAACACAGCACUAUAGCCCUGCAAAUGGAUGCAGAUGAUUUAGAAACUUGAGGAAUUAUUGUGACUACUGAUUUGCCAUUUUCAGGUGCUAGAGCACUUCCUGCAUUUGGCUGAUUUCAUCCCAGUUGGAUGAAAUGGUGCUUGGAACAUAAAAGGAGAAGGUGCUGGGCCAGCUGACAGCAGUAGCAUCAAUUCCUGUGUUUGAGGGACAGCUCAGAGGGGCACAUGGAUUUGGGAAUGGCUGUGCUGGGUGGCUGAUUUGGAUGGACACACAUCUACAAGGGUGGACAGACCAUUCUGUGGACAGCAAUUGGAGUUCUUUAGUUAGGGCUGCAUGGAGAGAUAGUUGAGUCUUGGAAGCUGCUGUAAAUUGAAAGUACUUCCUUGGCCUCUUUGGUCAGGAAGAUGCUCACAACAUCUAAAGCCCAAGGAUCAGCUUCACUAACUCUAGGGAGAAGUCCCCUCAGUGUGGGAACUGCCAAGCAGCAGCACCCUAAGGAAGCUGCCACAUCUGCUGUGCUGGGAUCUAUGGGAUCACUGGAUAAGUCUCAGAUGCAGCCCAGGGAAUGGGCAGCUGGUUAUUGGGUGUGCUGACUUGAGAAAUCUCAGCUGGCUUUACUACAAAGACAUUGCAGAUUCACAACCAGGAGCAAAGGAGAGGACAAGGGGCUCCAUUUACCAUGUCUGGAGGUAAAUAAUUAUAAAUCAUUAAUUCAACAGCUUUAUAGUAGAUAAAUGUGCCUAAUACAGCUCUCAGUAAUACAUGCUGUGCUUUCUUACCUCGUGUUAAGAUUACUUUAAAUUAUGAGUGUUUUAAUAUAACAGCAGUGUAUGUUGAUUGCAGUGAAAUAACACUGAAAAGGCACUGAGAAACAAGGAAGUUGUUUAUGUGGAUCAUUUGGCUUCCUCUGAAGCCCUGAAAAAACAUAGGUUCCCCUGUUUUAUGCCUCUCAAGUGUUGUUCUGCACCAGUCUGUGAUGUCGGUUUGUAUCUGUGCACUUUCACAAAAUAAAGCACAGUCUGAUUAGGUCCCAGGCCCAGUAGCAACAAUGUAGGAUGCAGCCACAGGAAUCUCAGGAAGGCAGCAAAGGCAGCAAGGCAGGGGAAAAUAAGGGUUUAGGACAGAAAGAAUCUCACCAUGUGGAUAGGAAAAUAUGUAACAGGUGCCUAAACUCCACGCCUGGGAAAGCUUGGAAGCCUAAAUGUGGCAGGGUUUGGCUUGCAGCACCUGAGUCCCCUCUGCCCUGGCUGCUGGGAAUCUCUCUGGAAUAAUCCCAUAAUCCCAGCAUCAUAUCAGGAGCACAGACAUACUAAUCAGACAUGCAGAUCUUCAGAAAUUAGGGAAAUAAUGAGCUGAAACUGGGCCAGUAUCCUCUGAUGGGUGAUGUCUGGUCUGCUCUGGCACAGGAAUCUUUCUGCCCCUAAGGUCAGGAUAUUUGGGCUAUCAGGAACAUGCAGGAGACAUCUGCAGAGUUUUCUUAAGUGUUGAAGUAGUUGAGUGCUGAUUUCAGCCAGAGCUGGACAUUAGGCUGAUUCCUGAUCCCUGAGAUUCCUCUUGGGGCUUUCCCUCCCAGGGAUUUUGUCUGGAGACAUGGAUGCUCCAGCUGUGGAUGGAGUGAGCAGCCCAGGAGAUGUGAGUCCCUACAGAGCAGCAUGCUUGCACUGAAAGAUUAUAAAUACCUUAUCAUUUGAUUAUUUCUUUUCAUUAUCCCCUCCCCAGUCAUUCCAAAAGAGUCUUACAGAGGAGAUGGAGACUGCACCAACAGCCUUUCCCUCUGCUAUUGUGUAGCUGCCAGAUGAAAUGGAUAGAGCUAAUUUUUCCUUGGAAUUAGGUUCUGUGCUGAGAUUGCUGGUGCAGUAUUUUUACAAAAUAAUCUUUCCUGCUUUAAAUGUGCCCAGCUCAGGAGGGACAGGCAGGUGUUACUGUACCAUAGCUCUUUAAUGGGCUCUGGAAGCAAGAGGGUGGUUUCAGUCCCCAGGACAUAUUUAAUCUUGUAUCAUCUUUUACUGCAUUUAAUAGCCUGUCCUACAUCUUAAUCACUCAGUGUAGAGACAUUAAUCCAAACCCUCCUUUUGUCCUGAUAAAUUUAAAUCUCCACUGGGUUUGCCCAGGCUGGCCUGUCUUCCUCUGGCAGUUCCCCAGCUUCUGCCCUUGCCUGCUCAUGAGAAUGCUCCUCAUUUCUCCUCAUAGAGCUGGAUGACCGUGCAUGUCUUGCUGCUUUUUUGCUUGAAUGCUUGCUGGUUUUGUAAUUUUUCCUGCUGUAUUUACAGGAGGCUUUGGAUGCUGUGUGCACACCACAGUUCAUGCAGGAUGCACCUUUUGUAGGGAAUGAAGCAUCAGCAGAAUCAGAAGUGAGGAAAGGAGCUGGAAACAAAGCCUGAGAGAGUGGCCCUGCUGCCCCUCUUGCUUUCCUGGCACUGCCUGCUGCCCAAACAUCUCUUGGAGCCCCUGCCUCUCCAUCCAAAUUUAUCCCAUAUAAAGACCAGGGACUGGUGGUUUCACUGGCACGGGGAAGAGGAAGAGUUGUGGAUUGGCUGUUCCCCACAAACUUAGGUGGCUAUUGAUCUUUGUUGUGAGUUUUUGCAUCUCUUUUGUAGUUGUAGCAAGAAGAUGUUCAAUGGUUCAAUGGUUUCAGUAAUGUGAGAGCUUCUAUUUCUGUACUCUCAGGAACAUAAUUUGAAUUUGGGAUUGAGUCACACAGCCAGGAACUCAUAAAAGAGGAGUUUACAGGUUGGAUAACUGCCUCCUAACAAGGCAUUAGAUGAGCAUAAAAAUGAUUGAGAGGUUUGGUCUGAUUCAGAAUUCCUGGAGAUGUGGUUUUCAGGUUUGGCCUAAGCUGUAGUUUGCCGGGUGGAAGCCAAUGUAUUUUUAACUUGAAAUUCCUGUAUCAAUAAUAAAAUUCUCACCUAAACUAACUUUUCUAAACUAUGUCUCUUCAACAUCUGAUGAUUGGAGCUUGUGAAUUACAAUUUUAUGAGCUAAGAAAAGUGGCUGUGAGCAUCUGUAGGGAGUUGUGGGGAUUGUGCGUGAUCUUUAGUGCAUGUGUUUGGUGUCUCAGUCAGUUUGACCCUCUGGUUUUUGCACAAAUCAUGCUGUUGCUGGGAUGCUUUGUAUUUUCACUUACAGUAUUUUUUUUCAUUUUGUCCUGUAAAUGUUCAUUUAACAAAGGCACAGCAGAACUGGGGAAAGCUGGAGGUGGCUCUGUGGAUACAGUAGCUUUUCAGUGGCCAGGUUUGCAGAGGAUCCAGGGCUUUUUCAGCAAGGGACACUUAAAAUAUGCAAUUUCAUGUAACCGGGAGGCAUCGGUGUGAGGUUGAGAUUCCUGUGUGAAAUCAGGCGGAAAGCUGGAAAAGACAAGCCUGAGAAUAACCUGGCUUGGGGAAGGAAGCAGAUGAAGGCACUGGGCUGGAGGGAGGAAUGAGUACUUCAGCUCCCUUCCCUAAGCAAAGCUAUUCUCAGCUGGUGCCUUUUCCAGCCUUCCACUGGAUUUUGUGCAGGAGCCUGCUGAAUAUCCAUCCCUCUUUCCUCUGCUGUGUUUCCAGUCUAGGGGCUGUGCCUGCUCUUGGGGACAUUCCUAAUGAGCUCAGGAGAGUCCAGUGGCACAGGGACAAACCCGAGUGUUGAGUAAAUGGAAGCAAUAAAGAUUUUACCCAUCAUAAACCACAGCCAGUCAAUACCAAAACAAGCUGACAGCCAGUGGGAAAGGCUUCAGCAACAGCAUAAUGGGUUUGAUUUUCUGUUUCCAUCAAUACUGUGCCAAAUGCAUUUAGUACAGGCUGAAGGGGAGCUAACAGAGUAUCAAACAGGCCGGCAAGGAAAGCCUUGCUUUUGUCACCUCUAGCACCAAAAAACCCCAAACAAAGCAAGGUUAGUGUUUCAGCAGCCCAUUAGUGUGACAGUGUUAUCCAACUGUUAGCAAGAGCAUUGCCUCAGCUGACAUCUGAGAUAUUUUUUAGGUGCUCCUGUAGUUGAAUCUUUUAUUCUCCAUGCAAGGUUUUAAAACCUUUUUUUAAAUUGUUUUAAGCAAUUUUUUUCCAGAUAAAUUCAUCUGGAAAUUUUGUUGCACCUAAAGCAAAAUAUGCAACAAAACCUCCAGUCUAAAUCAGUAAUAUUCUUAAGUGGAAGCCAACAUUAUAUUUCUAGUAAGUUGUAUCACAGGCAGCAUUUGGGUGACGUGGGGCAUUCCUUGGUGACCUUGGGAAGAAGCAAAGCCUUGGGAGAGCCUCACCACAGGGAUGUGUGUGCACAGUCAGCCCAGACCUGCUCACUAAACUGCAGGUAAUUAGCACCUGUCUGUGUGUAAUGUGUGCUGAAAAGGGGAAACAUGGCACGUGAUGCCUGAGAAGUGUCUGGUUGCCACUGCAUUGUGGAUAUUUGAACCAGCAUGUGCCAGCUUUUCCCUUUCCUAGGAUUCAGUUUUGACAUUUGGUGAACUAGCUCAGCUUAGUUAGUUUUAUUUUUAAUUACUGGGAGAAGUCAAGAAUUGCUGAAUCCAUAAUCACAAGGAAUCUGAACUUGGGGCUGGAGAAUUUCAGACAACAGCAAGACUGAGAAAUGCAAGCCCUGUCUUAGUGCCACGGUGCUCACUGUCCCAAAACUUCCUGGGAGUAUGUGUCUUUGUCAUAAAUAGCUCCUAAACAUUUUGGUGAGCUUAAUAAAAUCCUGCCUUGGGCAGAUGUCUUUCUUUCUACAUGAGAUCACUAAUCCCAGCGUCACUGCAUUGUGGGGGAGUUCGGCUGCACUCUAAAAAAAAGUUUUCCAGCACUUCUUCAGUAAGGGAUGUUAUGUAAGAUGUACAGCCCUAAUAGAAAAUCACAGGAGACAGGGCUAAAAAUGACCUUGGGAAGUCUUCUGACCCUGCCCUGAGGAGGUAGAUGCUGCCAGUGCCAGUUCUGAGUGCAAGGGGUGUAAAUUGCUGAGAGUGUAAAUCCAAUAGUGCCAUUUAAUUUUUUUAUAUCCAAACAAGGUAGCUGAAAGGAGAUGGAUUGCAGUGAUAGCAUGUCUCAGUCAUGAAUAUUAAUAUUGAGGCAAUUAAAUCAGAUGACUAUGAAUUCUAGGACAGGGAGAUGCUUUGCAUGUCAUUGAAUCUGUUCCGCAGUUAGCAGAGAAACCCCUUCCUAAAUGUGUGGAGCCGCCAGUUAGUUACAGGAGGGUUUAGAGUACCCCUUGCACAACCUUGGUUUUCAUUUCCCAUUUAUUGAAAAAUUAUUUAAUUAUCACUGCAGUGUGCCGGGUGUGGAUUUGAAUGACCAAAAUCUGAUUUGAUGCGCAAUUAUUAAAUUCCUCCCAGCACAGUGCAGGAAUCUCAAAGGUCUUUUCCAACCUAAUGAAUUCUGUGGCUUUGGAAGAGCACCAUAACAAAUGGAGUUUGUUGAAGUUGAAUGUACCUCAACCAAACUCUUGUUGCCACACAUCAAAGUAUUCCUACACCCAACAUGCUGAAUCCUUUGCCCAGGUAACUUUUUGGCAGUUUCCCUCAUUUAUACUCUCAGUAUUUAAAAUUGUGCCCUGGGAUGUGGCUCCCAAGGAUUCUGGAGACCUCCUUUAGGAACAUGAAUACCAAAGCAGGAAGUGCUGUGAAAACAGAAUCCAGGUGAAUUUUGCAUUAUCACCAAAUCAUGUUUUUCCGUUUUCUGGCCAUGAGGAUGUGAGGACUACCUCAGAACAGCCUUCUGUCCAGCUCUUGGGUCUCCCAUUCUGUCUUUCCCUCAAGUACUCCUCUGUUGGAUAAAAUCCCUUCCACCUGCUGUACUGAGCUUGUUACUCCAGUUCCUAUGACAAGCAGAAAAGUAGGUUGAACCUCUGGGGUUUUACCUUCUGUGGGGUUCUCAUCCCUUUUCCAGGGAUCUAGUAAGUGUACAGAGGAUCUCAGACUUUAAGAUGUUCUCCAGUGCAGUCCCACAGCUGCCUGUGAGUUGUAAGC